AUAAUCAAUUUUCGAGCUGCUGGACUGGAUAUUUGUGUGAAUAAAAAUAGUGUGGUGUAUUGAGUAAUUGUAGAAAAGCUUUAAAAAAGCAGCUUUAAAAAAGCAAGCACCAGCAAAAUAUUCAAUAUAAUGCAAAAAAGAUUUGGUUAAGCAUAAAUCAAAUUUCGAUUUGCGAUGGGCGAUGUCGAUCCCGAGACGCUGCUGGAAUGGUUGUCCAUGGGACAAGGAGAUGAGCGGGAUAUGCAACUGAUUGCGCUGGAGCAGCUUUGUAUGCUGCUCCUGAUGUCUGAUAAUGUAGAUCGUUGCUUCGAAAGCUGUCCUCCUCGAACAUUUUUGCCGGCGCUAUGCAAGAUAUUCCUAGACGAACUGGCACCUGAAAAUGUACUCGAGGUCACUGCGCGAGCCAUCACCUAUUACCUGGAUGUGUCGGCGGAGUGCACCAGGCGCAUCGUUUCGAUUGAUGGAGCCAUCAAAGCCAUAUGCAACCAUCUUGUGGUUACGGAUUUGUCAUCGCGAACAUCUCGCGAUCUGGCCGAGCAAUGUAUCAAAGUGCUUGAACUGAUUUGCACCCGAGAAGCGGGCGCCGUCUUUGAGGGCGGUGGCCUCAACUGCGUCCUGUCCUUUAUUAGGGACUGCGGAUCGCAAGUUCACAAGGACACCCUACAUUCGGCCAUGUCCGUUGUAUCCAGGCUCUGCACCAAGGUGGAGCCCAACACGCCGUGCAUUCAGAACUGCGUCGAGAGUCUGAGCACUCUGCUGCAACACGAGGAUGCCAUGGUAUCCGAUGGCGCUUUGAAGUGCUUUGCCUCCGUGGCCGACCGAUUCACACGAAAGUGGGUUGAUCCAGCGCCGCUGGCAGAGUACGGUUUGACCACUGAGUUGCUCAAGCGCCUCAAGAGUGUCGGCGGAAACACACACUCUUCGCUGUCUGCGGCAGGAGCCCAGCCGACUAGCUCUAGCCAACCCGCUGCGGCCACAAACUCGGAUGCAAUCAAUGAAAACGUAGCGGGCAAUGCAACCAUUUCCAGCAGCACCAAGGUCAAGGCAUCCGAUGUGGCCGCAUCGCCACAGUCGAUAUCGACUACAAUUUCCUUGCUGUCGACACUUUGCCGCGGAUCUCCUUCCAUCACCCAUGAUAUUCUGCGUUCCCAGUUGGCUGACGCCCUCGAAAGAGCCUUGCAGGGCGAUGAGCGAUGCGUGCUGGACUGCAUGCGAUUCGCAGAUCUCUUGCUUUUACUUUUGUUCGAGGGGCGCCAGGCCUUGAACCGAGGAAGUAACAAUCCCAAUCAGGGACAAUUGGCGCCACGACCCAGGCGCAACAACACCAACACCGAUCGCACGCAUCGCCAGCUUAUCGACUGCAUACGAUCGAAGGACUCGGAGGCGCUUCGCGAGGCCAUCGAAUCUGGGGGCAUAGACGUCAACUGUAUGGACGAUGUGGGUCAAACCCUUCUCAACUGGGCUUCAGCCUUUGGCACACUGGAAAUGGUGGAAUAUUUGUGUGAGAAGGGAGCGGAUGUCAACAAGGGCCAGCGGAGUUCUUCCCUUCACUACGCCGCAUGCUUUGGUCGACCGGCCAUUGCGAAAAUCCUGCUUAAAUUCGGAGCCUAUCCGGACCUGCGCGAUGAGGAUGGUAAAACACCAUUAGAUAAGGCACGCGAAAGAUUGGACGAUGGACAUCGGGAAGUGGCAGCUAUUUUGCAGUCACCGGGAGAGUGGAUGUCUCCCGAUCACUCGCUGCUCAACAAGGACGGAAAAAAGUAUACGUUGAUGGAGCCCAGGGGUGAUCCUGAAAUGGCGCCCAUUUACCUCAAGGUACUGCUGCCCAUAUUCUGUCGGACCUUCUUGGGCUCCAUGUUGGGCAGUGUGCGACGGGCCAGUUUGGCCCUGAUAAAGAAGAUUGUACAAUAUGCGUACCCAACGGUGCUCCAAAGUCUCAGUGAAACCAGUUUUAGCGAAGAUGAGCCGUCAACAUCGAGCCAAAAUGGUGGUAACCUACUUAUCGAAGUGGUCGCUAGUGUCCUAGACAACGAGGAUGACGACGACGGGCACUUAAUUGUUUUAAAUAUUAUUGAGGAAAUUAUGUGUAAGACACAAGAGGAAUUUCUCGACCACUUUGCAAGACUAGGAGUGUUUGCUAAAGUUCAAAACCUGAUGGACAAUGAUGCAGAGGAAUUGUAUGUGCAAUUAUCAGGAAACCCCGAUGAACCAGCUGUCGUGCAGAGAUCAUCGACCAGUGUUGUAGUCUCCCCAAGAUCAACUUCAGAUGAUCCUAUGGAGGACGCAAAGGAGAUAUUGCAAGGAAAGCCUUAUCACUGGCGAGAGUGGAGCAUUUGCAGGGGUCGAGAUUGCUUGUACGUCUGGUCGGACUCGGUGGCUCUAGAGCUUUCCAACGGCUCUAACGGGUGGUUCCGUUUCAUAAUCGAUGGAAAGCUAGCAACGAUGUACUCCAGUGGAAGUCCAGAAAACGGAAAUGACAGUUCUGAAAAUCGAGGAGAGUUUCUUGAGAAGCUUAUGCGUGCACGUUCCUGCGUAAUUCCAGGAGUUGUAUCCCAGCCCAUUUUGCCCACUGCAAGUGCUCUACGAUUGGUUGUUGGUAACUGGGUCCUGCAGUCGCAUAAAACAAAUCAACUUCAAAUUCACAACACCGAAGGCCAUCAGGUAACCGUGUUACAGGACGAUUUGCCUGGCUUUAUCUUUGAAAGCAACCGUGGAACGAAGCAUACCUUCACGGCUGAAACUGUCUUGGGUCCCGAUUUUGCCUCCGGUUGGUCAACGGCUAAAAAGAAACGCAACAAGUCCAAGACCGAGGGUCAAAAGUCUCAAGUUCGCAACUUAUCCCGCGAAAUUUACAACAAGUACUUCAAGUCUGCCCAAACGAUUCCUCGCGGAGCGGUGGCAAUACUUACGGACAUUGUGAAGCAAAUUGAAUUAUCCUUUGAGGAGCAGCACAUGGCACCAAAUGGAAACUGGGAGACAACACUCUCGGACGCCCUAAUGAAGCUGUCUCAAUUGAUCCAUGAAGAUGGUGUCGUGAGCGCCUACGAAAUGCACUCGUCGGGAUUGGUGCAAGCGUUAGUGGCCGUUUUGUCGGUUAACCAUUGGGAAAAUAAUUCACCUCGAUGCAAACGAAAUAAAAUGCAAAAACAACGAGUUUCCGUAUUCAAGAAAUGCAUACUGGAGGAUAACGUUGAAUCCGCAACGAAUAAGCCGCGAACUAAGAGCACUGCAAGUAUUUUAAUACAGAAACUUGUAUCGGUUCUGGAGAGCACAGAGAAGCUACCAGUGUACUUGUAUGACACUCCAUGCACUGGUUACAGCUUGCAAAUUCUGCAGAAACGACUUCGCUUCCGUUUGGAGCGAGCAGAAUGCGAGAGCACUUUAUUCGACCGAUCCGGUCGAACUCUAAAAAUGGAACCUUUGGCCACAAUUGGACAACUAUCCAAGUAUCUGCUGAAAAUGGUGGCCAAACAAUGGUACGACCUCGAUCGGUCCACAUAUUUUUAUUUGAAAAAAAUACGCGAACAUCGGACCGGCACUGUGUUUACGCACUUAUUUGACUUUGACGAAGAGGGUUUGUUGUUCUACAUUGGCUCUAAUGCAAAGACUUGCGAUUGGGUCAACCCAGCGCAAUAUGGACUUGUGCAAGUGACCAGCUCGGAGGGGAAGACCUUGCCAUAUGGCAAACUGGAGGAUAUUCUGUCUCGCGACAGCAUCUCACUCAAUUGUCACACCAAGGACAACAAGAAGGCCUGGUUUGCCAUCGACUUGGGCGUGUAUAUAAUACCCACUGCGUACACGCUUCGUCAUGCGCGCGGUUAUGGAAGGUCGGCUCUGAGGAACUGGCUUCUCCAGGGAUCAAAGGAUGGCCUAAGUUGGACAACCCUCAGCUCACACGUGGAUGACAAGAGUCUCGUGGAGCCCGGUAGCACAGCGACUUGGCCCAUAACGUGUGCAGCUGACGACUCGGUUAGAUAUAGGCACAUCAGAAUCCAGCAAAAUGGACGCAAUGCAUCUGGCCAGACCCAUUAUUUGAGUUUGAGUGGAUUCGAGAUCUAUGGUCGCGUCGUCGGAGUUGCCGACGACAUUGGCAAGAGCGUCAAGGAGGCUGAGGCAAAAAUUAGGCGCGAGAGGCGACAAAUAAGAGCUCAGCUCAAGCAUAUGACUACCGGUGCUCGAGUAAUUCGAGGCGUCGACUGGCGGUGGGAGGAUCAGGAUGGUUGUGCCGAGGGCACAAUAACCGGUGAAAUUCACAACGGCUGGAUCGAUGUGAAGUGGGACCACGGCGUACGCAACUCGUAUCGCAUGGGAGCCGAAGGGAAGUACGACUUAAAGAUGGCCGAUUGCGAAUAUCUUUCCGUAUUCGAAGGAAACCAGUCGAUGGUUACUGUGAACGCGGCUGCAAAAAUAAACGAUAAAUCAAACACGCUCACCUCGCGCAAAUCAAGUUCAACUCCAUCCCUGCCCGAAGCCACUGAAAAGAAUCAAAACGCUGAAGGUGCGUCCAAUCAAACCGUUUCGGCUGAUAACUUGGCCUGGAAACAGGCGGUGGAGACGAUUGCAGAGAACGUGUUUGCUUCGGCAAAGACACAGAUUAUCUCAAAUCAACUGGCUAUGAACACGUCAUCCUCUCGGGAAGUUCGAACCAAGCACAAGGAGUCGGCUGCCAACCAAAUGCAUAAGGAUAACAUAAGUGGACCGUCGCCAUUGAGUCGCGAGCUGGAGCACAUAUCGGACUUGUCGGCCAUCAACAACUCGAUGCCGGCAAUUAACUCAAAUAUUGUUUCCGAUCUAGCUACCAUUUCGGAGAACCUAUCCCUAGCUGAAUUGUCCAAAGAAAACAUAUGCAGUGUCCUUUCGCCUUCAUAUAAGCCCGCUGAGGCUGUUGCUGCGAGUCAAAGCUCAAGCCUUCCCGAUGUACAGAGUUCGUCUCCGUCUCCGCGAGAGAGUGAUAUAAAGAACAUAUCCAACAUUGAAGAGAACAAUAAGAUGAAUGCAAACAACACGGUGAAUAAGAUAUCAAAGGAUCUGCUUGUGAAUCUCCGAACAUCGAACAUUGCAGGCUGUCAACCGGUGACACAACUUUCGACCGAAGCCCUCGAAAUGAUCGACAAGAUGCGUGAUGGCGUGGAUAUGAUACGGAAUAACUCCAACAACAUUCUUUCCACAGACACUUUCCCCAUGCCGCCAUGCACAAACAUGGGAGUCGGAGUUAAAAAGACACCCAAGGCUCAGGCGCUGAUAAAUCCCGAAAAUGCGAAUCAAAAACAAAUCAUAGUUGCAACAGAAGAAUAUCCCAGCAAGAGUUCAAAGAAACCCAGUGUAACGUUGAAGCCAACACAGCAGCCAAAUGCCGUGCUUUCGAUCGUGGACAUCAAAGAUCCGCAAAUUUCAUCCGAAAGCGUUUCGGUGCCCAGCCAGAUGAGUAUAAGUGUUCCUAAUCUGACAACAACUUCAGCAUCUGAGGUUCCCUCCACCUCAGAGGUGGCUACCCACACGGGUCUGCUGGAGACAUUUGCGGCAAUCGCUCGUCGACGCACCUCGCAGGGCACCAACAUACAGGAUAAUCAGAUCAUGAAUGCGGAAGUGAAUGUGAACGAGCACGGGGAUCAGAACGCAUCGGGCUCAUUCCUCGGCCACUCGGUAACCAGUUUGGUUAAGCUGGCAUUGUCCAGUAAUUUCCAUUCUGGACUGCUCAGCACCGCCCAGAGUUAUCCGAGUUUAUCGUCGAAUAAUAGUGAAAACAUAGCCCCAUCAAACCCGUCAAAUACGUCGACGGGACAGCAAUCGGCAUCCACCAUAAAUCAUACACUUACAAUGAGUCUUACAUCCACGUCGAGUGACAGCGAACAAGUGUCACUGGAAGACUUUUUAGAGAGUUGCCGAGCUCCGGCUUUGCUGGGCGACUUGGACGAUGAGGACGACAUGGAUGAGGACAACGACGAGGAGGAGAACGAAGACGAGUACGAAGAGGUGGGCAACACUCUGCUCCAAGUGAUGGUCUCCCGGAACUUGCUCACCUUCAUGGACGAUGAGGGUUUGGAGAACAGACUGGUGGGUGUUACGAAGCGCAAGUCCUGGGACGAUGAGUUCGUCCUAAAGAGACAGUUCUCCGCGUUGAUACCUGCAUUCGAUCCGCGACCGGGUCGCACGAAUGUUAACCAGACUUCGGAUUUGGAAAUUUCCCCCAUUGGCGUUGAGUUACCCAAGCCCCAACAGAGCGGCCAGGAGACUAUUGAACAGCCGAUGCUGGGUCUAAAACUACGUGGUCCGGGAAUUGGCGGAAUUCCCGAAGUUGAAAUUGACCUGAACAACACAGACUGGACCAUAUUCAGAGCCGUGCAGGAAUUGCUGCAGUGCAGUCAGUUGAACAAGCUGGACAAGUUCCGAAAGAUAUGGGAGCCCACAUACACGAUUGUGUACAGGGAGGUGCCGCCUGAAGCGCCAGAAAGCACUGGCGUGGACUCGGAGGAGUUUGCCCAAACACCGGAUGUGUCGUCAAAGAGUGGCGCCUCCACUUUGUCCCCCAACUCACCCAUGCACAUCGGAUUUAACGUAGCCGAUAAUAACCUGUGCUCCGUGGACGAUGUGCUUGAGCUGCUCACUCAAAUCAAUGGUCUCAAUCAAUCGGAAAUCGAUUCGGAUGGCAAGGAACUUGGUGUUUCCGUGUUGUCCGAAGAUCUCUUUAUCAGCAAGAAAAUAACUAACAAACUGCAGCAGCAAAUCCAGGAUCCACUAGUGCUGUCCAGCAACGCGCUGCCCAAUUGGUGCGAAAACCUAAACCAAUCUUGCCCCUUCCUGUUCCCAUUCGAGACCAGGCAGUUGUACUUCAACUGCACAUCCUUUGGAGCCUCUCGCAGCAUAGUAUGUCUGCAAUCGCAGAGAGAUGUGACUGUGGAAAGGCAGAGGAUUCCCAUCAUGAGUCCGCGCCGGGAUGAUCACGAAUUCCGCAUCGGUCGUCUUAAGCACGAACGCGUUAAGGUGCCUCGAAACGAGAAUCUACUUCAGUGGGCAAUGCAGGUUAUGAAGACGCACUGCAACCGAAAGUCCGUGUUGGAGGUGGAGUUCUUGGACGAGGAGGGAACUGGUUUGGGUCCUACACUGGAGUUUUACGCCUUGGUGGCUGCCGAAAUUCAACGCGCCGACCUGUGUAUGUGGCUGUGUGACGACGAUUUGGGCGAGGACAUCGACAACUCAUCGGAGAAUACGCAAGGCAAUUCGAAACCCGUAGGGUAUUACGUAAAUCGCAGAGAACACGGAAUUUUCCCAGCACCUCUGCCGCAAAAUACCGAAACAUGUGAGAAAGUACUAAAAUACUUCUGGUUUUUCGGUGUUUUUGUGGCAAAAGUAUUGCAGGAUAUGCGUUUAGUGGACAUACCCUUAUCAACAUCAUUUCUUCAAUUGCUUUGCCACAACAAGGUGCUGUCACGUAAUCUCCAAAAAGUUAUUUCGGAUAGACGAAAUGGCGAUCUCUCUGUCGUGUCAGAAGAAUCGGACAUAGUAGAAACCUGCACUAAGCUAUUGCGCACUGAUUGCAAUAAGACCAAUGCAUUUGGGGGAAUUCUUUCCUUAGAAAACUUAAAAGAAAUAGAUCCAACUCGUUAUCAAUUCCUACAAGAAAUGCAAAACCUCUUAUUGCGAAAGCAGUCAAUUGAGUUUGACGACACCAUAGACGCCGAGAAGAAAGAAGAACUAAUAAACGAGCUUAAGCUGCACACCCAAAACGGCUUAGAGGUAUCCCUUGAAGACUUGGCCCUUACGUUCACGUAUCUGCCAAGUUCCUCGGUCUAUGGAUACACCCAGGCCGAACUGCUGCCAAAUGGGGCGUCAGUGAAUGUCACCAUCAACAACCUGGAAGCGUAUUGUGAACUGCUUAUGAACUUCAUCCUGCAGGACGGAAUCGCUCAACAAAUGAAGGCUUUCAGUGAUGGGUUCAACGAAGUGUUCCCCCUCAAAAAGUUGGCUGCCUUUACGCCCUCAGAGGCCCGAAUGAUGAUUUGUGGCGAGCAGUUCCCCCAUUGGAGCCGAGAAGACAUUAUUUCAUAUACUGAACCAAAACUUGGUUACAACAAAGACAGUCCUGGGUUCCAACGCUUUGUAAAUGUUUUACUAAGCAUGUCGGGCGACGAAAGGAAAGCCUUCCUUCAAUUCACAACUGGUUGCAGUAGCCUGCCGCCGGGAGGACUUGCAAACUUACAUCCCCGACUGACAGUUGUUCGAAAGGUAGAUGCUGGCGUCGGAAGCUAUCCAUCCGUGAACACGUGCGUUCACUACUUAAAGCUUCCGGACUAUCCAACUGAAGAGAUCAUGAAGGAGCGCUUGUUAACAGCAACUAAAGAAAAGGGGUUUCAUUUAAAUUAAACAAUUUAUUGUACUCGAUAUUCAAGUUAAUAAAAUUUGAACCUUUUGUUAUUUAAAGCGUACUUGUUGUGUAACGUAAUAAGCGAUACUGUAAAUAUUUCAACUGUUCAAACCCAAUCUUUAUAUAUAAGUUUAGAUUUAUUGCUUACACCUAAAGUCUCGGCCUAUUGUUUCAAAUUUAAUUUAACCAUUAAAAUGGUAGCCACUGCAAA